AUGAGUUACUACUUCGCCAUUGUCGGCACUCAGGACAACCCUCUAUUCGAGCAUGAGUUUGGCACCUCUAAACAGGGCGGUGACGGCCAGUCGCGCUUCAGCGAUCAAGUCCGUCACUUGAACCAGUUCAUCUUACAUUCGAGUCUUGAUAUUGCAGAGGAGGUCCAGUGGUCACAUGGACAGAUGUAUCUCAAGUGUAUUGACAAGUUCUUUAACAACUACAUAUCAUGCUUCGUCACCGCCGGCAACGUCAAAUUUCUCCUGCUCCAUCAACCCAUCAUCCCGACAGGAACAUCAUCACGGUCAUCAACUGCCAUCGGGGCUAAUCCCACAAGUCCAGCUACCGAAGAAGCCAUCAAAAUGUUCUUUACGGAAGUUUAUGAGAACUGGGUCAAGGCUAUCAUGAGUCCCUUCUACCGCGCCAACAUGGAGGUGCGUAGCCCGGUUUUCAGAACGAGGGUAGCGGCUGCUGGGAGGAAAUACCUUUGA